CCUAGUCCCUUGAGUUUACUUUCACAGCACGAGGGAAAUUGAGCUGUGGAGAGCACUGACUCACAAAUAAAUCUGGAAGCAACACAAGAUUGAAGCUAAAAGGCAUGUUUCAUGUAGAUUGUAAUCAGUGUGGUGUGAACAUUUUCUGACAUAUUACUAACGUUAAGUUUAUGUGAAACAGGGUUGUUAUUUACGGGCAAAUGUUUGAGUAUCAACUGAUAUGGGUGACCGUUACCUUCAACUUGUUCAUCUUGAUGGGAGAACCUGCACCAAUGCCUGAACAGUAUACCAGAGGACUGGAUUGGUUGAGCCGGUAUGGGUACCUCCCUCCUCCUGACCCACGAACAAGCAAGCUGCAGACAAAGGACGGGAUUGAGCAGGCGAUUCGCCAGAUGCAGAGAUUCGGAGGGCUGAAGGAAACAGGCAUACUGGAUGAAGCUACUAUCAAUCUAAUGAACACACCAAGAUGCUCUCUCCCUGACAUUAUGGGAACAGAGGACAUGUUGAAGAGGAGGAAAAGAUAUGCCCUGUCAGGCCUUCGAUGGGACAGGACCGACCUAACAUGGAGUGUCCACAGUUAUCCAAACCCCUCUCUGUCAAGCUCGGUUUCCCAUCCUGAGGAGGUGAAUAGGAUCCUGAAUCUGGCCUUAAAGGCCUGGAGUGAUGCAGCCCCCCUAAGCUUCCGACAUCUCUCUGGGAGUGACGGGGACAUCAGAGUGUCUUUUUCCCGUUCUCUUCAUGACGACGGGUACCCUUUUGACGGCAGAGGGGGCACACUGGCCCACGCAUUCUUCCCAGGGAGGGAUGACAUUGCCGGUGACACACACUUUGAUGACGAUGAGUACUGGAGCAACGAAGGGGAUAGUGUAACCACAGACCUUUUCACAGUGGCGGUACAUGAGUUUGGCCAUGCCCUUGGCCUGUCCCACUCCUCCUCGGUUCCAUCCAUCAUGAAGCCUUACUACCAAGGAGCUGUGAAGGAUAUGUCAACUUACAGCCUCCCUCUGGAUGACAAGAUGGCCAUUCAGGAGCUCUACGGGUGGAAAGACACCAAGCCAGUGCAACCUGGUGGUGGUGGUAAAACAACUUCCAGUCAACCUAGCAUGCCCAAUCCUCCACCUCCAAGGCCAACCAAACAUUUGGACCCCUCUAUCCAGGAUCGCUGUGAGGGUGGUUUUGAUGCUGUUGCAAAUAUCCGAGGAGAAGUUUUCUUUUUUAAAGGUCCACAUUUCUGGAGGAUUCAGAGAACUGGUUUUCUGGUCUCUCAUAACCCAGCCCUGAUUAAAAACUUCUGGAUAGGGCUCCCCACUGGAACCAACAAGAUUGAUGCAGUUUAUGAGAGGAAGAGUGACAACCACAUCAUCUUCUUCAUCGGUGCUCAGUACUGGGUGUUCAAAGACACUAUGGCCCUGCCGGGCUACCCCAGGCCUCUGGCUGAGUGGGGGAUGAGGACCAAAGAUGGACGGGAGGUGGAGAGAGUGGAAGCUGCUUUUGUUUGGGCCCACAAUGGGAAGACCUACCUGUUCAGCGUGGGUGAAUUCUGGAGGUUUAACGAGGGUAACAAGGAGGAAGGCAGAAAACUAGAGGGUGGGUAUCCCAGGAAGGCCACCCUCUGGGGAGGGGUGCCCACGGAGCCUGAUGACAUUAUCAGCUGGGGAGAAGGAGACGCUUACUUCUUCAAGGACAACCUCUAUUGGGUGCUGAAGAGAGGAGGACUUGACCAAGAUAAUGUCACUCCCAAAUCCAUUGCAGUGGAUUGGCUCAAGUGUCAACAAGUGUCCACAACCACAUCUCUUCUUCCAGCUGAUCCUAAUCCAAGGGGAAGAGACUGCAGCUGUUCAUUGAGCAGAGCAUCUACAACGGCAGUUUGCAGUUGGCUAAUUUAUCUAUCUACCAUGAUAGUAUUCAAUUGCUUUGUUUUACAAUAAAUCAUUGGUAAUACAAUACAGUCAUUUCUAAUAAUACUACAUAAGGAAAAUUUGAAUGAGCAUUUCAAAUAUAUGAGUCAUCUUUUGCUCACAGUGUACUGUUUUCUUGUUUUAAUUUAUUUUGUAUAAAUUGUUUGUGGGCCAAAACAAAUUCCAUUAUGUGUUGUUAAACUCACUUGGCAAUAAAGUUAUUUC